CAGCUUUAUUAAAUUCUUUUCCAUGUGCCAAUACAUCACUUCUAAUCUCCAGAAAACCUAGCUUUUCAUUUGCUCAGAUUUGUAUUCAGUUUCAUUUUCAGACAUAUAAAAGAAAAGAUGCUAAGAAGCCAUUAACUUGACAAGAUUUGUGAUUCGGCCAUACAAACUUCCUAUAAAUGCAUGGCAUUUAAUUUCUGAUAAUAGAUUUGUUCUUUGCAUCAAUAGGUGAUAUUUGUGAAAAUGUCAGUGCAGAUAAUGCUAAUAACUCCCAAUCCAUCUUAUCACAAACUUCUCCUUACCAACCAAGAUAGUGUUAUCAUGGCUUGAAGCUUUCAGAGGAAUAUUAGCUUCCAUUCCAAUUGAUGUAGGGAGUUCCGCGAUUGUCAGCAAGUGGUUUGUCGAGUUGUUCGUUGAUGACAGCAUUUGCUACAUGUAAAUGCCCGUAUAACUCCGAGAUAGUAAAGCUUGGUCUUUCAAGUCGUCAUUGUUUGUUUGUGAUAGUUUUCAUUGGACAGUCAAUAGAAAGUUAAAUUGACUGCCAGUGUAGGCACUUUCAAUAUUGAAGUUGGCCACGCUUCAUUUGACAAUAUGAAUAUCACAUAAGAAAUGAUGUGCCAUUUUAUUUUGGAUGGCUUAAUACCUUUGUUUCAGGAAUGUACGUGUAAACAGAAAACUGGAAAUAGUUUAUCAUACCUGAUAAUUGACUCACCGAUCAGUGGCAACAUAUCUGCACUCACCUUUGUUUAAAUAUAAACAUGUAAUUGGAUGUGUUAACAGAAAUAAGGUGAUAUUUAUAAAGUGUUCUGUCCAGUGCUUCUUUCCUCAUAGAGACUAAAGGAGUAACUUUCAAUUAUCUAGCAGAAAUUUUAGGAAAUUUUCAGAAAAUAAGUUGGAUUCUGUGAGUGAAGUAGCAUGGCUUGAUCUUGUUGUGAAUUAGUAAGAUGGGCCUUGGUGGAUUUGUAUUGAAGUUGCAGUGACAGCUUUAGGAAUGGGUACAGAUGUGAUGUUAAGGCAUGUUCAUAUGUCCCAUCCAAACCCUAAAUACUGGAAGUUGAGCUUGGAUGUUAAGUCUGUUAGCAGGGGUGGGGUAGGACAAAGAACCAUCAAAUUACCUUACAGACGAUCCUACGGUCUCUCACGCUCUAUUGUAUGUGUCAGUGCAAAAAUUCACAAAAGACGAGGCAUUCCUCAGGGAUCCCUCAAUGAACCAUAUUCUACCAUCGAGACUCAGCAACCAAUCCCUCCAGAGUUCCUGGAUACAGUCACAGAAGCCCUAACAAGUUAUCAUGGAACCCCGUCUAGUAGUGGUCGAUCUACUCCUACACUAACAGAGGCCCAGAGUGCCCAUCCUGCCAAAGUGGGGGAAUGGGGGACGGGAAACACCACGGAGAGGAGCAGUACAGGCUCCACAUCCACCGGAUACUCCUGGGAUGAAUUUGACAAACAGGCUGCAAAGACAGUACAACAUUUGUUUGAGGAGAUAGAUUCUGUGUUGUUUGAGCAGAGUCGAGGUGCCCCGCCUUAUAUUCACAAGGAGUGCCAGGAAUGGGGGACCCAGUUUCCACAUCUCAGAAUACUGGGAAAUCAGCUAAUGAGUCCAAAGGACCAGGGAUUUCAGCUGAUUGAACGAGAGGGGUCACGACCUAUGACAGGAAAUCUUGGAUUGGUGGAUGUUACAGAGACUGAGAUUGCAGAUACUCAAGAUAUUCAGGGAUUAUCAUUAUCAGGGAAAAGUGUUCGAGUUAGGAAGCCACCUGUUGAGGCUCGCUCAAACAGACAUGGGGUGGAUGCUCCUAUUACUGAGUUCACUCAUCUAGAGGAGGAAAUCUUUGAGCAGGAGGGAGAGUAUGAAGAAAUCAUAGCAAUUGAAUAUAGAGAUCUAUAUGAGGACAGUUCAAAUGACAAGAAACAGUUAACCCCCAGGAGAAGAAGGGUAGGCUACCCUCCGAUAACCCCCAAUGCCAGUAUCAAAGACAGUGUGAUCAGCUCUGCAUUUGACAAUAUAUGGCAGGAGAUUGUUUCAUGGAUGCAGCCACUUACAAGAAAAUACACAGCUAUGGUCCUUGAUGAGAGUAAGCCUAUUCGAAUUCCAAUAUUAGAGCAGAUCCGUCCCGAUCACCUUUUACCCCCCUCCCGGGAAACGUCCUUCAGCUUCCUUAACAACAAGAUUCAGAGGUCCAAUACUACAAUAGGAGUGACUGGGCCUCGAUUAGAGAAUGUUCUUCACAUAUCUACAAAGAAACUACAGAGUCGGGAAACUACGUCCCUCCACGACUCUGACCCAAUUAUCAACACAGCCCGUCCUGCCUCUAGUGCUAACCCUUCUCUGAAGACCCCCAAUCGUCCUUACAGUGUCAAAUUGACCCAGCAGAGAGGGACACGCAGUGGUCUUGUCAGACUUGCCCCUAUAGACAGGUCCAGAACUCCCAAUGUGCUUAUCAGAGAGACAAAACACAGAGAGGAUGAAAAACCUGGACCAAGUGGUGCACUCAAAGUAACUCGUCUUACCCCACAAAGUGAACGUCUCUCCUCCCCACCCACCCAUCACCAAAGAAAUGGGACCCUGCCCCCACUAGGCUCUGAACAGGAUGUAGUUGCCAGUCCUAGUCAGAGCAGAACACAGAAAAAAGUGUAUAGUGCAAAUCGUGCAAGUAGUGCUGUAGAUAAGGAUAUCCGAAGCUUUAGAGAUAGGUACCCAAUGCCGUCUGAUACCCGACCAAGUACAACCCAUGCCAUGCGGUCUGAUACACCUUUGGGAGGAAACACCUCACGGAGAGCCUCCACUCCAUUUGGAGGGUUCAAUCCUGUCCCCCAGAGGAGCACCCAAAUGAUAGGUGCAUCCAUGUUGGGAAUAACGGGUAGUGGACUACAACCUUCUUCAGAAAUAGGUCACCUGACCAACUAUCCCCCAGACAUAAUGGAGGAUGCAGAGGUCAAUCUAGACUACCACAAUCAGUGGACCCCCUCUCCUCCCAGUCAUCACAAUCCAUACAGACGAUAUCGGCAUAGUUCUAUGGUGAGAUCUUAGCCACAAGACUAUAUCCCUGCCCUAACAAGUGCCAAAUCUAAACCAGACAGUGGAGACAAAUGUCCUCCCUCUCAGUAGAUCUGUCCUGCCAGAUCUGGGUUCACACUCCCCUCCCACGGGAGAACUGUUUAUUCUGCCACAAUGAGUGAAUUCCAAGGAAAGCCAGCAUUCCCUGGGAGCCCAGGAGACAUUCAGGAAUGAACAUGAGAAGAGUUGUAGUAUUGGCAAUUCACAUUUCUUGUAGUCUUGUUAUGAUUUGUUGGAUUGUGACAAUAGUGUGUCUUGUAAUCAAAUAUGGUGCAGAAUCUCAUACCCAGAUAAUAUCAAGCAUCAAAAAGCCACAAGGAAUUGCUUGGAAAGGGAACUAACUCAUUCAUGUCCUCCACAUGAUCUCCAUCGUUUAAUGUUUACUGUGAUAUAUAUACAUAUAUAUAACUGUUUGUGACUGACCCUUUAGAAUAACUGUGUAUGUAGACCACUCCCUGUGCAUUGCUUUUAGAUAUUGAAUCAGGCAGCUAAGGGUUUGAUCUAGAACUUGGUGACAAUAAGUCUCUACCUCCAGUUUUAAGUUCAAAGCAUCCCCUGUGUUACAGAUCUGAAAGUCAAAUUUUCUGUGAUUUUAUUAAUUUGAACACGUCCAUUCCCAUUAAAAAAAAAUCAUCAUUUUUUUUAUUGGAAAUAUUUUUACUCAGACAGACUUGUGUUGCCGUUUACAUGUUAAUACAUUAGGCAUGCCUCAUCACUGUGAUAAAAUGGCAUUUAUAUUCUAUGUAUAUUCAGGUUAUGAUUUAUAUAGCUGGGUUUUGUUUUGAUUUUUUUUUUUUUGGCCAAAAUUGAAAAGGAUAGGCACAAUAUUUAACUGCAUGAUAUUCAUCUUUAUUGAAUGUGUCACUUUCAAAGAUCAGGCAUAAUCUUCAUCCCAGCGUCCAGAUUUAGUGGAGUUUCUAUAUAAAGUCUCUACAAUGAUUUUGUAGCAUUUUUUUGUUGUUUCCUCAGAGACAGUUUUGUUGUCAUGGUGUCUUUGUAAAACUGUUACCUUCAUACACUGUUGAUACAUGCUGCCAUGGAAACACGCCAUAAACAUUGUAAACGUAAUCUCAGGGUUUCUGUAAAUAGUUAUGCAAUCAUAUGUGGAUUGUACACAGAAUUGUGUGCAUUGGCAGUUAUGAUAUAGAAAAUAUUUUUUUUUAGUCUGUGCAGGCUUCUGAUGUAUAACAAACUUAAACACUACAUCAUGUUUCCACUUCUUUUUUGCCACAUUCCAUUACAAUGUUAUAUAUUUUUAUGAUGGUUUUAAUUAAGACAGAUCACUC